CCAGAAAUCAGGAAAAAAUUCAGCUUCUCGGUAAGCUUUGCUUUGCUGCCACUACCAUCGCCAAUCAUGCGGCCGCUCUACCUCUCUUGCUGUUCCUCAUCUUCUCGCUACCUUUCCCCGAUUACAUUCUUCUCUUCUUCUUCUUCUUCCUCCCUUCUCCCCAAACCAAUCCUCCCGACUUUCCGGACCAAUCCCGGAUUCAAAUUCACUCAAUCAAGAUCCCGUCUUUCGAUUCGGAAUUGCAGUUCCAUCUCCGCCAAGCCGUCUUCUGAGCUCCGGAAAAAGAAGGGCUCCUUAGACAGCUCCAAGCCAGAGGACAAGAAGCUCCGAGCUCUUCGCCAGCUCUUCUCCAAGCCCGGGAUUGGAAUCGACGCUUACGUUAUCCCUUCUCAGGAUGCUCACCAGAGUGAAUUCAUUGCCGAGUGUUAUAUGCGGAGAGGGUUUAUCUCUGGGUUUACCGGAAGCGCGGGGACUGCUGUGGUUACUAAGGACAAGGCAGCUCUUUGGACGGAUGGCCGUUAUUUUCUCCAGGGUGAGAAGCAGUUGAAUUCUAGUUGGAUUCUGAUGCGGUCCGGGAAUCUUGGAGUUCCAACAGCUAGUGAAUGGUUGAAUGAUGUCUUGGCUCCUGGAGCCAAAGUUGGCAUUGAUCCUGUGAGCAAUUUUGUAUCUGACUUCGAUGAAACUGAACAGUUCCUUUUCUCUUUUGAUGCUGCUGAGGAAUUGAAGGAAGACAUAGCGAGGAAGGAUCACGAACUAGUCUACUUGUAUGAUGUGAACCUUGUGGAUGAGAUAUGGAAAGAAUCGAGGCCAGGUCCUCCAAAUUCGCCUAUCAGGGUGCAUGAACUGAAAUAUGCUGGCGUCGAUGUUGUGUCGAAGUUAUCUUUUCUCAGGUCUCAGCUUGUUGAUGCUGGUUGUUCGGCGAUUGUUGUUUCGAUGCUUGAUGAAAUUGCUUGGCUCCUGAACUUGCGAGGCGGCGAUGUUCCCAAUUCUCCUGUUAUGUAUGCAUAUUUGGUGGUCACGAUGGAUGAUACCAAAUUGUUUGUUGAUAGUUCAAAAGUCACUCCAGAGGUCUCACACCAUUUGAAGAAUGCAGGUGUCGAGUUGAGGCCAUAUGGCUCCAUUCUUUCUGAGAUUGAGAGUUUGGCGUUGAAAGGUACUGAACUAUGGUUGGAUCCAUCUUCUAUUAAUGCUGCCAUAGCGAAUACCUACAAGGCUGCUGGUGACAAACACUUGGAAAGCCUUGGAAGUGAAGAUAACAGCAAGAGUAAGAAUCCUAAAGUAUCUAAUGGCUCCAGUGGUCAAUCUUGGGGACCAUGUGGAGUUUAUAGGGCAUCCCCUAUCUCUUUGGCAAAAGCUGUGAAAAAUCCUUGCGAGUUAGAAGGCAUGCGAAAUGCUCACCUGAGAGAUGCAGCUGCCUUAGCACAGUUUUGGACUUGGCUCGAGGAUGAAAUUCACAAGGGUGCAAAGCUAACAGAAGUUGAUGUUUCUGAUAAACUGCUUGAAUUUCGUCAACAACAGGAUGGAUUCAUCGACACUAGCUUUGAUACAAUUAGUGGUUCUGGUGCAAAUGGCGCAAUCAUACACUACAGACCUGAACCAGGGAAUUGUAGCAUUGUGGAUUCAAAGAAGCUCUUUUUAUUAGACAGUGGAGCUCAAUACGUUGAUGGAACCACAGACAUAACAAGGACAGUGCACUUUGGCGAACCAACUGCACAUGAAAAGGAAUGCUUCACCCGGGUUUUACAGGGCCAUAUUGCACUGGAUGAAGCAGUAUUCCCUGCAACUACCGUUGGCUUUGUACUGGAUGCGUUUGCACGUUCCUUUCUAUGGAAAAUCGGCCUUGAUUACCGCCACGGGACGGGACAUGGCGUGGGAGCUGCUCUGAAUGUUCACGAAGGCCCUCAAAGUAUCAGCUUCCGAUAUGGGAACACGACUCCCUUGCAGAAGGGCAUGAUAGUCAGCAACGAGCCUGGAUACUACGAAGAUCAUGCUUUUGGAAUCCGAAUUGAGGUACAGUUGCAAUAUUCACUGGACUGGAUCUACAAACCUGCUCAUCCUAACCGCUUGAAAUUCAUCUCUGGUGGCUUUAUAUCACAGAAUCUCCUUCAUGUGAAAGAGGCAAACACUAAAUACCGUUUUGGGGGAAUAGGCUAUCUGGCUUUUGAGAAACUCACGUUCGUCCCCAUUCAGAAAAAAAUGGUGGAAGUAUCGUUGCUAUCUGAUGCAGAGAUUGAUUGGCUUAACGAUUACCAUUCACAAGUCUGGGAGAAGGUGUCUCCUCUGGUUGAAGGUUCUGCUUCACAAUGGCUUUGGGACAACACGCGACCGCUGGUCCGGCAGUGAUUAAGCUCCUCGGCUUCAGAGUCUCCCUUGUAUUGUAUAGAAGGAGAACCUUGCUCCCCAUUUUCUAUUUUGUUGCACUGUUCACCAUUAUACACACAAUAAUUUGGGUUGAUUGAUAUUGGAUUCCGUGGUCCUACAUUUACCCGGUCUAAUCACGGUUCUGGGAGUUUGUUGGUGGAAACUCGUUUGGACUUUGGACCGAGUUCUUUACUCAUCUCUCCGAUAUCGGGUCGCUGGCAGCGCCGUCGUUCUAAACCAAAAC